UAUCGAAACAUUAUGUGAUAAUAUAAUUUUGCGAACUAGGCAAUAAUUAAUUACCAGACUUUCUCUGACGUUGACUGUUAUAAAUAAUUUAAUAAAAAUCAUGGAUAGUCAAAUCGAUGAUUCCAAUAAUAAAAUGGAGAAUGCAAUUGUUGAAGAUGAAGACAUAACAGCGGCCUUGGGAGCUAUGAAUUUAACAAUUGGUGAUCAAAUCCAAGAAUUAAGCAAACGUUUGAAUAGUAUAAACGAGGAAUUGCACCAACAAGUACGAGAAAAGCAUGGAGCUUUAUUACAACAAGCUAGUCAUGCCGGCCGUUUUGAUGCAGAUCUUAAUAAUUUAGCAGAAGAUGUUCAACAGAUUAAAUCGUCUGGUUAUAAGCUAAAAAGUCAAGUAGAUCAGCAAUAUCAAUUGAUUGAAAAUCAAUCUAAAGUUUUAUCGCGUCUUCAUGAGUUGUCGCAUUUGUUACGCUCAUCGAAAACUUUGUUGAUUUUGACGAUGAAAUUGAGAAAUACUAAAGAUGUCUUGAAGCAGGCAGAAUUGCAUUUUGAAUUGAAUGAGUUAAUAGAAGAUCCAGGACUUAAGAAUAUUGAAUUUGUGCAAGAUGCUCGGGCAUAUGCAAUUAAUUCUCGACAGAAGAUUCGUAAUUUAACUCAAAUGCAAUUAAUUACGGGUUUACAAGAGAAGAAUGAGCCACAGAUAGUGUAUGCUCUAAAGGUUUUCAUGAAUUUUAAUACUUUGGAGACAUCAUUGGAUAAUUUACUUACGACUUUUAUAGCUAAUCUUGAACAAUCUUUAAAGGAAUGUUUUGCUGGAAAUGAUAUAUCUGUCCUAUGCAAAGCGGAAGCUACUAAAUCAUUAAGUGUAUCUAAAAAUGUCGCAUCCAGUUUACGAGGUCCAGGUAAAGCCCCCCAACUGACUACCACGCAAAAUUUUAGAGCGAAAUUUUGGAAGUCGAUGCAUUGGUUAAUUUACGACGAACUCUACGAAUGCUGUGUGCAAAUGCAAUUGCUGAGAAAAGCUCUUGAACAAGUGCAGCAUUUAGGAUCUGGUGCAAGUAAUCCAGAGCAAUUCAUACAAAGUGGUUUUUGGCAAGCUGUACAAAAAUUAUUGAAAAAAUCUUUUUCCGAAUGUCCAGCGCAUAUUAAUCAAAUUCUACAGGAAGGAUUGUCGAAAUUAUUGAGUUCAGUGCGUGGCUUGGAGUUGCGUUUAAAUGGAAAAUUUUUGUUUGACGAAGAAUUGUUUACGCCUUUGGAAGUGGGUUAUGUGAACAAAUGCGCAAAUAACAUGAAGGCGUGUUUAGCCGGCAUCGACUUGCCGAGCAAUGAUAACAUCGAUUCUUUCAUACGUGUUGCCUCGGCAGAGCUCAGUUCAUCAUUAGUAGAUAGCCGAUUGGGAAAUGCCGUAGCUGGGGUGUUUAUUUCUUGUACUAAAGAUUUUUACACAAAAUUAGAAACACAAAUAAAACUUGGACCGGAUUCAGUGCAAGUCGUUGAUAUACCAAACGUUCAUCAAAUACAAAAUACUUUAUUGGCCAAUAUAUUGUACUACUUUAAAGAUUCCACGAAACGCAUGUUACGAGAUUUGGGUGAACAGUGCGGUAAAAGCAAAUCAUCUGCCCGAGAUGACAUUACUAAAGCACUGAAUCAAAUCGAUUUGCUGAUAUAUACCAUUUUGCAACAAAUCAUGGACUCCAUAGUGUCAACUUUGAAUAUAAUAAUUCUCAGCAUACAUCGUGAACCUGGAUUGAAUAGCGAGAAAAUAUCCGCAUCUGGCCCAUCUAUGUAUAUGAAAGAAUUGCAAGAGUUUAUCAACCGAGCUUGGUCCAAUCACAUUGCUCCGUUUGAAGACAAAGACAUUGUUACCAAAUGUGGUCAUGAAGUGGCGAAACGUUGUAUUGAAUUCUUCAUUCAUAAUCUAAGUAUAUUAAGACCUGUCAGUCAAAUGGGAAGGCAACGUUUGAAAAACGAUUGCUUGUAUAUGGAAAGUGCAUUAAAACCUCUAUGCCCCAAUAUUUCAACAUUGGGAAAUUCUGCACGCUUACUCAGAGCAAUGUCAUUCUUAAUCGUCUUAACACCUGAUGAAUUGGUAAAACAAAAUGUUGGCGAAGACUCAUUGGUGCCAUCGUAUAUAAUUUUACUAUUAAUGUUUGGACACGCAGACGCUGUAAUGCAAUCUCCUCAUACUACAGUUAAUUGGUCUAAUGAGCGGCUAAUUGAAUGGCUUGAGGGUCAUACCAACGAGAGGGAAAAAUUAGAACUAAUUGCCGGAGCAUUACAGCGUUAUCGCGAUAGCGUAAGACGUAAGAAAAGUGAACAAUAUGAUCCCGUUUAUCCUUUAAUGGUAGAAUUUUUCGAAAAGGCUUCUAAAAGUGAUAUUUAAAGAAAAGUAUUUCCUAUGCAUUUUUUUUUUUAAAUUGCCUCCUGAAAGGAGGAGUAAGUUACAUUAUUUUUAAAAGUUUUAUGAAACGCUUUAAAUAAAAUAAAAAAAAAAGGAAAAAACCUUAAAAUAUCGAUCAAAUUGUUCUGAUACCGUCAAAAAAGGACCAGCGCGGCAUAAACGUAAGGAAAAUUAAUUAAGUUUUCUUUUAGUUUUUAUAUUUUACGCAAUUACUCAUAAGAGUCUGUAGUCUAUUUUCAGGAACACAAUCAAGGCUUUCAAGGUCACUAACUUUUCCCGAUCUAAUCGGGACGUAUUUAGUUAAUAUCAAUUUGGU